AUGAUGCAGCUAUUAUCGCUUGCACCCACGUGCGCCUCACUCUCCUGUGUCCCCGCGGCCCCCCGCGCACCUCUUGUUUCCGCGGAGGCAAGCUUCCGCACGUCCGCAGCCCGUUUCCGCAAUUCCAGUCCCCGCUUUCACCACUCUUCUCCGCUAGUCGCGCUAUCUCCCCUCAAAAGCGCCUCCUCCGCGCGAUUCUCUCCUCUGAACGCUCGACUGCUCCGGACGCCGCCGCACGGGGCGACUGCGGCUUCUCGCGGGGGAAGCGCGCGCGCCAGGGGGAAGGGGGAUGAGGAUGCGGACCCGCGCGAGCGCGCGGAGCCGGUGGAGGCGGAAAUUGUGGGGGAAGAUGAGUGGGACCAGUGGCGGGGACGGGGGAGGGCGGGCGGAAGCGGAAUGCGCGGAGCGCAGGGGGGUUUUAGUGCGGACGAGCGGGAGAUGCUGCGCAGAUUGGGCGCGGAGGAGCUUCCCCCCGGGUGGGAUUCCGCCGACGUGUAUCUGCUAGAGGAGAACGUGUGGGCUAGCAAACCCUUCUGGUGCCAGCCGUGGACGAUAGUUCUGACGGGAGCCAUGGUGGUGGGGAUGUCAUGGGUGGUGCUGCAUUUCAUCUUCGUCACGCUCCUCGUCGCGGCUGCCAUCGGUGUCUGGUGGCUCACCUUCCUCGUUGCAUACCCCGCUGCUUACAAGGAAAUGGUGCAAGAGGAGAGGAGGAGGAGGGGAAUGUAA